ACAUUAAACACAUUCUUCAUAACUAACUUUCUAAAUUGCAGUAUCUUAUUUGGAAUGGAUAAAAGCAAGGAAAGAGUGGCUGAAAUCCUAAUUAAAGGAAGAAAUUCUGCAAAGAUGUUGCAGAACUUACUUCGCCGGAAAGUUGAUAACGAUGGGUCAGUUUCUGUGGAUAAUAUUGUGAUGGAAAUAAUGGGAUCUUUCGUCGACAGCCUUUCAGUGUUGAACUCUUUCCAUACCGGCAAGUUUUGUAGGGUUCCGGUGAGUCCCCAUAUGGGUUUGGCUUGCUCCCUUGACCGGGUACUAGAAUUUUGCUCCGAGGAAACUGGGAAGAACCUGACGCUGGGAGUAAGGAAACGAAGAGGUUCUUACAAGAGGAGGACCAUAGAUUCAAGGGUCAAAACCAGUUGUACGAUUGAAGAUGGUUAUUCAUGGAGAAAAUAUGGUCAAAAAGAGAUCCUUAACUCUAAAUUCCCACGAUGUUACUUCAGAUGUACACACAAACAUGUUCUUGGGUGCAAAGCUUUAAAACAAGUUCAAAAGUUGGAAGACGAAACAAACAUGUUGCACAUCACAUAUUUUGGCUAUCACACGUGCUCACCUUCAAACACUUUCUCACACCAUGGAGGUGUCCUUGAUCGUAAAAAUUCUAAAAUAUAUCACAAUUUACUAGACAACCCUUUGACUAUUACAAAUGUCCAAAUUAACCCCUCGUUGGAAAAAGAUCCAUCAUCACCUAAGGACACAGAAUCAUUAACUACAUUGGUUUGGAAGGAGAUUAUGAUUAAUGAUUUAGAAUGUUUCAAGAACUAUGGGAUUUUAAGUGAUAUCCCAUUCGCCAAUGUAUUUAUUUCUUAG